AUGUCUUUUGCGAGCCUUCCACCGGAACUUGUGCUGCACAUUGCCGCUGCGCUCCGUGACACACGAGACAUCUUUGCGUUGAUGAGGGCAAACAGAGGUCUUUAUCGCUGGUUGAAAAAGGACCUAUACCAGUACAACAUAGACCACGAAAACAGCUCCGGACUUCUACGGGCAGUCAAAAAAGGGAAUAUGUCCGCGAUAUGUUUUUUCCUUGGGUUGGUAGGGGUGGACCUGCACGCCCGAGAUGGCGCCGGACAGACCGUUCUCCAUCUCGCCACCCAGCGACGCGAAUCGUUCUCCAUUAUGAUGCUUCUACUGCGGGACGGCCGUGUAGACAUCAAUGCGGUGGACCCGGACAGGUGGUCCCCGUUGUCGUACGCCGUACGCCGAAGGAAUCACGCCGCUGUUCGGCAGCUCCUUGAAUCCGGCGCGGACGCGGGCAUACAACACGUUGACGGAGUCACACCACUGAACAUGGCCGUAGCUCAGGGGGACGAGGAUAUAGUACGAAUUAUAUUAAAGGUCACUCCUCGUCACAGAGAAUUGUGUCUUGCUGCAUCUACUGGCCGGGCCAAUAUCGUCCAGUUGCUGCUUGAUCAUGGCGCGGAUAUCAACGAAGAAGAUUAUUACAACCAAACUCCAUUGGACCGCGCCAGGGAAGCAGGGCAUGUUGAUGUAGAGGAAAUCCUGCUGAAGCAUAGACCUUCAUAA